CUACUCUCAUGUGGGAUUCUCACGGCUAUUAGCAAGGAUCUGCCAAGUAAGGCUGAGAGGAUCUUCGAAGACAGUCACCUGCCCGGGGGUGGAUCAAGAGAGUGUCAGAUGAUGAGGCUCGUCUACCUUCUGAGUCAAAGCAGUGCACUGCUCACUUUCGCAUCUUCCCACUUCGUUCAGACAAGAUGUCUCAACCCUCCUCUGUCCACCGGAGCGAAUGUGAAAAUGGCUCCCGACAAUGCGCUCAACGGUGAACAACCCCCGCGCGUCGAAUCCGCAGUGGAUAUCGUUGCAGUGCCAGCUAUUGGUGCGGACCCCGGGAGGACAUGGCUCGAUGAGUAUUCACAAACGCCGUGGCUUCUUACCGAGUUAAACAGAUGCAUCCCAACCGCUCGAGUUUUAUUUGCAGACCAUGGACACCUUGACUCUCGAGAUGAUCUGGACUCACUGGCUCACCGGUUGUUAAAAUGGCUUCUAGAGGAACGGCGGGCAACUAGCCUUAGGCGCCCUAUCUUCUUCAUCUGUCACAGCACGGGCGGACUUGUCGCCAAAGCAGCGCUUGUAAUAGCCAGCCAACUGACAUUCAGACUUGGUUCGAUCCUGUCAAGCUGCUAUGGCAUCGCAUUUCUGGCGACUCCGCAUCACGGCUCGACUUAUCUGUCGGCUCCCGAGUUCACCAAAAGUGUUCAGCGCUUGAUGAGACUCAAACAUCGCAUCCCAUCUCGCAUUCAGGAGCUCUUCAAACCGAGGCAUUCCUACCUCUUGCGUCUUUCGAGCGAAUUCAAGGCAAUAUCGGCAGAUAUCAAGCUUUGGACCUACCUGGAGACCGUCGAUUCGACUUUAAGUAUUGCCGACUCCGAGGCUGGGACCACCAUAGACAUGCAUGUUCCCAUCACGUCCAUUCGAUCCGGUAUUCUUGGUUUUGAGCAUGAGAAAGAAACCCCUCUGGCUACUGACCACGUUGGCACUGCGGCUUUCAAGGGCCAGGAGCUUACAACAAGAACCAGUUUCAUAGAUGAACUACAUGAAUCUGUUACCGUGGCUAUUCACCUAUCGAAGCUAACAGAUGCCCCAUUAGACGUUGAUUUGGAAGUAAUGGUCCAGGUAAAUGGCUUUUUCGAAGACACCGCGCGUGGCAUUAGUGACGAAACCCCUUUGACAUUAUGGUCAACUAAAGCGUCUCUCCGCGAGUAUUUGGCCAAUGGACCCUCUUCGUGCCUUAACCUUAGGCUUCAAAGGACAGCCGGAAUACCAGCGAGCAUCUACGACGACUCUUCUAUAAGCAGCUUUGACAGCAGACCCACUUCUGCUCAGGUUCGAGCGUCAAUGGAUGGCAUAUUACACCCAAGGGAUGCCACUGUAACGGAUGCCAACAGGCCUGAAAAUGUUCCUCAGAGACCCUCAAUAAAGAAGAGUCGCAGCUUUAUGGGCCAUAUAUCUCCUCAGAUCCAUAUUACUGAGCCAGCCGUUCACGACUACUUUGAUGUACAGCCAGAAUUAAGUCAAGGUGUAAAGAUAUCUGACUCGCAACGCCAGGAUAAGACAGAAGAUGCAACCCAAAGCGAGACGGGCGUGGGGAAUGUUACGCUUGUGGGGACCAUGAUAGACAGAGAUUUUUGGAAGAAUUCAUCAAUGACGAAUACUGGUACUCGAAUCUCAUCAGAGCCCGUCACCUCGAACCUCACGCUCGCUAUAGCGAGCCUCCGUCUUCCGAGACUAUGGAUGGGCAUCAUGAUCCUAGAUUGGCUUUAUACGUAUGUCUACCACUUUAAGGAACAAGCAGGAUGCUCACCUUUCGUUUCUAAACAGAUACCAUAUCUUCAUUGGGAUACCUACUGGAAUCUUGUUCAGCGGCGUAAAGUUGUCGAAGACAGAUUGCGACAAGGGCGCUUCAGACCUGUGCCAGAUGACAUCUCCCAAGCGAGCCUGGAGUCAAAGUUGAUCUGGAGAUAUCUCGGCAGUGAACCGCCUAUUCAUAUCCGGCGAACGUUGGAUCAAUUCGGAUAUCCUAACUUACGAUCAACAGUGGCAAGAGACGAUGACCAGAUGCUCUGGAAAAGGACGAAAAAGGUCGUUAAUCUUAAUGACGAGAUAAGAAUUUCCGCCGAAGCAGAUGAUAUCACCAACACCAAAAACACAUUCAUGGAUGGAAAGGUCCUUAUGGUCGAUCAACUCUGGCUAUGGAUUGUCGAUGAGAAGACAGUCGUCACUUUCUUCCCCAACCAGGAGGCUACGACGGCAGAAGGCAAACUCUACGAACAGUCAAAUCUCUAUAGCAGCAUAUACAACGAGCUUAAUGGAGACCUCGCAAGACGCUUCGAAACAGCUGGCGACCUCGCUUCCUUAAUCGUGCUCCAUGCAGUCACCGUUCUUUUGGACCGGACAUUGCACCGUGACCUGCAGAUACUCCGGAUAUUCGAAGAAUCUAUCAGCAUUCUUACUGAAAUUGUGACCAAAUCAUUCAAACGUUUCCGAAAUCGCGGUUUCAACACUCGACCGGCCGACUAUAACAAGAACGCUGAAGGCAGGCCCAUGUCCGCUGCAGAGCGCGAUGAGAGGGAUAAUAAAGUAGCCAGACGAAACCGGGAAGACCUCUCCACAUUGUUAGAGCUGAGAGACAUCGUGGACGAACUAAGCACCCUCCUCAAACUCCUCGAGCAGCAAGCAAAUACAGUGAGAACCAUGUCCAGCUACUUCGAACACAAAGGCUGCGGACAAGCAUUCAUCGAAUCAGCCCUAUCAAGACUGGAAGAGUACCGUAACCAAGUCCUCGAAAUGCGAGAGAACGCAUCAGUUGCACAGAAAGCAGUCGAAAACCUGCUCGAUCUCAAACAAAAGCAAGCCAGCGUUGACGAGUCCCGUCUCGCCCGCUGGGAAGCGGAAGUAACUCAAGACCAAUCACGAUCCGUAAUGGUCUUUACAAUAUUCACCAUCAU